AUGGUUGAUUUAGACAAUGUUUCUACACCUUCAGGAGAAGCUGAAGCUAGCAUCUCUUCCUCUGGUAACAAUAACAACCAAACAACCCCUCCAAAACCCACUAAGAAAAAACGAAACCUCCCCGGAAUGCCAGAUCCGGAAGCAGAGGUGAUAGCUUUGUCUCCGACUACUCUGUUAGCGACGAAUAGAUUUGUGUGUGAAAUAUGUAACAAAGGUUUUCAGAGGGAUCAGAAUCUUCAACUUCAUAGGAGAGGUCAUAAUCUGCCGUGGAAACUGAGGCAGAGGUCGAGUAAGGAAGUUAGGAAGAGGGUUUAUGUGUGUCCUGAGCCGACUUGUGUUCAUCAUGAUCCUUCUAGAGCUUUGGGCGAUCUAACGGGGAUUAAAAAGCACUUCUGUAGAAAACACGGUGAGAAGAAGUGGAAAUGCGAUAAGUGUUCGAAGAAAUAUGCUGUUCAAUCGGAUUGGAAAGCGCACUCGAAAGUUUGUGGUUCUAGAGAGUAUAAAUGCGAUUGUGGAACCGUUUUUUCCAGGAGGGAUAGUUUCAUAACGCAUAGAGCUUUUUGUGACGCGUUGGCAGAGGAAAAUGCGAAAUCUCAGACUCAACCGGUUGUGAAAGCUAGUUCAGAAUCUGAUUCAAAGGUUUUGACCGGAGAUUCAUUGCCUCAACCACCGCCGCCGCUUCCGUUGCCGCCUGUGGUGACUAGUACUACCACGGUGGUUACAACUCCUCAGUCAAAUAGUGGUGUGUCCUCUGCUUUGGAGACUCAGAAGCUAGAUUUACCAGAAAAUCCGCCUCAGAUCGUAGAGGAGACACAACCACAACCACAGCCGGUUGUCGUUGCUACUACUACUUUAAAUGUGAGUGGUAGUAGCAGCAGUACUAGCUCAACCGGCAAUGGUCAUCCUGCUUCUAGCAGUGGUGUGUUUGCAAGUUUGUUUGCAUCUUCCACAGCGUCAACUUCUGCAAGUCUACAAUCUCAAACACCAGCCUUCACUGAUUUAAUUAGGUCCAUGGGAUGUCCAGAUGCUCGCCCUACUGAUUUCUCAACUCCUCCAUCAUCCGAGGCCAUAUCCCUUUGCCUCUCUACCAAUCACGGAUCAUCCAUUUUCGGAACAGGAGGCCAGGAGUGCCGCCAGUAUGUGCCUACACAUCAGCCGCCUGCUAUGUCAGCCACUGCAUUACUUCAGAAAGCUGCUCAAAUGGGCGCUGCAGCAACAAAUGCCUCUUUGCUUCGCGGGCUUGGAAUCGUGUCGUCUUCCGCUUCCACUUCAACGGGUCAGCAAGAUAGCCUUCAUUGGGGUCUCGGACCAGUGGAACAGGAGAGUGCUGGUUUAGUCCAUGCGGGACUUGGACUAGGCAUUCCUUGUGACAGUGACUCUGGACUAAAGGAAUUGAUGUUGGGGACUCCAUCGUUGUUUGGUCCUAAGCAAACAACUCUUGAUUUUCUAGGAUUGGGGAUGGCUGCAGGUGGCAGCGCCGGUGGAGGCUUAUCAGCACUUAUCACAUCAAUCGGCGGCAGCAGCGGUUUAGACGUUACUACAGCAGCUGCAUCUUUCGGUAACGGAGAAUACUCCGGCAAAGAUAUUGGUAGAAGCUCCUGA